AUGUAUCGCCCAGGCUUCUUCGAUCCGGAUGCCAUGGAUGGCAUCAUGGGAGGCGCAAUGCGUUAUGGAGGUCCUACCCGUCGCUUUGAUGAAUACUAUCGAUGUUAUCCAGUGGCGAUGCUUCCAGGCCCAGAGCGAGAAAAUGUCAACCACGGAGGCAAAGUGAUAAUGCCACCUAGUGCACUGGAUAAACUGACACGGCUACACAUUACAUAUCCGAUGUUAUUUGAGCUACACAACGGCGCUAAGGAGAGGAUGACACAUGCUGGUGUUUUGGAGUUUAUUGCAGAGGAGGGGAAAAUUUACCUUCCUUUUUGGUUGAUGCAAACGCUCCUGCUUGAGCCCGGCGAUUUAAUCCAGGUCAAAUCGACCGACCUUCCUCCCGGCCGAUUCAUCAAGCUUCAGCCGCAGUCAACAUCAUUCCUUGACAUCAGUGACCCCAAAGCUGUUCUCGAGAAUGCAUUCCGGAAUUUCUCUUGUCUUACAAAGGGAGACAUCUUCACGUUUGCCUACAACGAUCAAGUUUACGAAAUUGCAGUGCUAGACGCAAAGCCCGACGGUGACAAAAAAGCCAUAUCGGUGUUGGAAACAGAUCUGGAAGUCGACUUUGCACCCCCUGUCGGAUAUGAGGAACCAACAGCACGUACAAGUGGGACAAGCACGCCGCGUAGUGUCCAGGGAGCAGUGCCUCGUGGUGGCCUGGUGCAUUCGCAUGGCAGCAUGGCUCAGGCAAUAAACUACGCAGCAAUCGCCCCUGAAUCAACCGAUGCGGCAAAGGGGGCCAAAGCCGUGUCGUCCAAUUUUCUAGCUGGUGGACACCGUCUGAAUGCCAAAAAGAGCAGCAAAACACCGACGCCACAGCCAAAUACUCCCGUUGCAGGGAGCUCAACAAAUCCCAAGCACCCGCCUUCAACACGUAGGACAAAUGGGCCACAGCCACUACGACUGGGUCUCAACAAGCUUUUCUUUGGAUAUGCUAUCAAGCCAGCCCCGAAACGUGACGAACAGGGAGACAUCGUUGAAGAGGCCGACAAACCCAAGUUUCAGGGUCAAGGACAGACAUUGCGGACACGGAAGAAGGGACUUGGAGGAGAUUCUGGAACGCCUACAUCUGGGAGUGAUGUAGAGGGGCGUAGGAGGUAG